CCACAAUUCCCACAAUCCACCACUCGCGUGUCACGUGAACAAAUACGCCACGGAAGUGGGAGGGAGGAACCUGUCAGCAUGGCGGCUAUGGGGAGCCUGAUCAGGUUAUUUCAAAUUAAGCAAGCAGUGCUUCCAAUUUGUGUGCAACAGAGGACCCUUGGCAUUUUAUCUCGAACCUCAGGUAUGACAGAGACACAUUCCUCAUCUUGGUCUGCAGGAUGUGGCAUUCUGUCAAGAGCUUUGCCUGCCCACUGGUCACUGCUUCCUGUUCGUACAAAAAAGAGGGGCAUGGAAUACCAGCCAAAGUUCCUGAAGCGCAAGAGAACUCACGGGUGGCUGAAGAGGAUCAGCACAAGGGGAGGAAUAGAAGUUAUACUGCGACGAAUGUUGAAAGGAAGGAAAUCUCUAACACACUGAACAACCUGAAAGAGACAUCUUACUUAUGCUGGUUACAUACAUAAUAAAUUUAUUUCAUAUUUACAUAAAUAACAUUGGUGUAAA